AUGCAACUGUUUUCGGUGCAGGUUUGGCUGUUAAGUGGUUUAGUGAUAUCCUACGCACACCCUGGGAAACACCAUGGCGACGCAACAGUUACGAGUAAAGGAUCGCCGGAUGCUCACGGUACUCCCUUCGUCGGCAAUAGUCUGCCAAAUAAGACUUCGAACAACUUCCCUCCCGAUUCUAAAUGGCCCGUUCCACAGAAUGCGAUCGGGUUCGGUGCGUUCCUCAACCAGGUGACUAAAAACACCACAAAGCCUUCCACAAGCACCCAGAUAGGUGUUGCAGUUCCUCCUUCAAGUGAUAUGCAAGUUCUUCAGGCGCCUGCGUAUAAACCAGGUCUUCCGAACGUGAUUCAACAUUUGCUCAGCAACGCGCAGGGAUCGAAUCAUAGCGCCAGCGUCUUUUUCUCCAUACCAUCCAGCACUACUACCGAGGCAACGGCGCAAACGAACAACACUGCCAUGAACGAUCCUUUGCCCAACCCUGUGCCCGGGAUUGUCACCACCGUGAGCAACGCCACCAAUGCAGCACAGGAAAUCACCAGUGGGUGGAGUACGAAUGUGCAGAACGGUAUAUUUGGAUCGGCCAGUUGGCUAGGCAACCGGCCCAGUAACGAUCAGCCUGCAUCCGGAUCGACUGACAAUCCGGGUUCAUCGAAUCCAAUCCAAGGCGUCAUCAAUGCGUCCCAAGCAUCGUGGAACAAUGCAACCGGGGCGGCACAAAAUCUGGCCGGGCAAUUUGGUCCCACCGUUCAAAAUGGAAUAUCAAAUAUUUUCGGCAUCAAUUUUAACCGUCCCAGUAACGAUGAACCAAUAACGCAAUCGACAGAAACUAGCCCCACUGCAUCUAAUGAGACAACAUCCACUGAGGCAGCGACUACAUCCACAGCGUCUAAUGCGCCAACAACAUCAGCUGCGCCCGAUACUACGGCCGCCACUAAAUCAACUGUGACCGAGAGUACCACAACUACAGUAACCGCUGCCUCUUCCGGGACAUUCUUACCGCUAGUGAGUUUUGUCAACAAUUCUCAAUCGUUGAUCAACAGUUCCGUUUUGAUACAAACUGUCACUAGCCAGUUGACCGGUAAUUUAUCAAACGGUCUGGGGAAUUUCGUCUUUCCCCGACCUAGCAAACCUAACAGACCUACAAAGAUAUCAAACGAAGAGGAGUUUUCUAAACUGGAUGAUGAUAAUCGGGCAACCGUAACAUUGAAAGCUGCUCCUCCCCCAUCCCCUCCGACGUGUCCAACGUGCACCAGCUCGUGUUUCUACAGACCAUUUCAACGAAUCGUUGGUGGAAUCAACGUACCGUCCGCAAGCAAAUACCCGUUUAUCGUUUUGCUAACCUACCUGGACAGUCCGUCCGGUCACGGAGCACUAAUCAACGACCGUGCAAUUAUCACCACCGCUACCAUUAUCGAAAGCAUGCCCUCCAAAAAGCAAAUACGCGCAUUGCUUGGCGUUUACAAUCGGUCCCAAAAUUCAACAAUAUCGUCGGAAAAAAUAAGCACUAUCUACAAACAUCCCGGUUUUCGAAGCAGCAACCAAUUUAAUAACAAUAUUGGACUGCUGAUACUCAAAAACCCUCUAAUGAGCUUCCAACCAAUUUGCCUACCAACUGCCGUGUCAAAAACUCCUCCCGUUCCAAAAGCUACCAUAAUCGGUUGGGGUGCCAAUUAUGCGGGAGGAGGCUUAGUUAAUGUUUUGCAGGAAUACGAGCUGCAACUGUACGCUCCUGUACUCUGCUACGUGGCCUCCUCCCAAGUAACUUCGAAGAAUCUAUGUGGAGGUUCACCACAGUUUAUAUCAAAGGAUGGAUCUACCUGCACGGGAGAUGGUGGUGAUCCUUUAGUAGUGAUGAAUGGCACAUCUUGGGAAUUGAUCGGAAUCGCUCUUGAUAUCCCUAAUUUCGAAUGUGGUAAAAAUCGUAAUCCUGCCAUGUUUACUGCCAUUAUACCGUACUUGGAUUGGAUCACUACUUAUGGAGUUGGCUGUGAGUGUUUUGUUGGUUAA